UUAUUUUGGUUGAAAACGCGAAGUAUAAAAAGCGACAGCCGAACAUGUUUUCACACCAGACAGGAAAGUGUAUUCGAAUCGAGCGGAACGAAUAGAACGUCAUCGAGGAACAAAAGAAUGAUUCGAUCCGUUGUCGCCAUUUUGGUGCUGGCUGUUGUGGCCCUUGCAGUUGCCCAGUCGAAAGAUAAUUGCCCCGAGAAUGAAGAAUGGGCGCUUUGUGGAACACUUUGCGAACCAACUUGCAGCAACCCAGAUCCGAUUGCUCUACUUUGCCCAGGAAUCCAAUGCUCCAGAUAUACAGCCAGUUGCCGAUGUAAAAAGGGUUUUUUCAGAAAGAAGAACUUCACCUGUGUUCUAAUUGCAGACUGCUGACUUCCUGGAAAUUAGUAAGCUCUCACACGUACUUUUAAAUCGAAUGUAGUCGAUCUGAUUCCUACCGACUGUUU